CAGAAUCUCAAGCUGACACACUUCAUCACUCUAUCAUUCUCACACAUAUAUACCACCCAUCUUUUCACUCUUUCUUCAUAUCCAUCAAAUUCUCUUGUUUUCUUUUUUGUUUUGUUUUUUCAAUAGAUCAACAAUUUCUCACUUCUCAAUUUCCUCUAAAGAAUAAUGGGCCACUCACGUUUUUUGGUGCUUCUUCUUGUUUCAUCCAUCCUUUUUCUCUCCUUUGGUUAUGGAUUUGGGAGAGUAGCAAUGAUGGAGACAAUUGAAGAUAAAGAUGUUUCUAUUAAAGGACUCGUGGAGCAUGAUAGGAAAAUGAGGGAAGUGUAUGAAAUUAUGGAUUAUUCACUGCCAGAGCCAAAUACCAAUCCAAAGAGUGGUUAUACUUUAACCCCUCCUACACCAACUGUAACUUCUCCACCACCAAGGGCUUAAAUGUAACAACAAAAUAAAAUUAGAAUUCAAAAUAAGUGUGGUACUUAUUAGGAAGUCUAGUGAGUAACAACAAAUUAAUGAUCAUAUUUCUAUGAUACUUUGACAACAUGUCUUAGCCUAAAGUUUUAAGAUUUUAGGUGUUUGGGAUAUUGGAUAAUUUAGUUUGGUGCCUAGUCACAUUCAGGUUGACUCCAAGAUCCAUAGAAUUAGGAUCAUAUUAAUUUAUUGCUGCUAGUUUAUUUAUUUCAGUUUGUCUUAUGCUUUCAAAAAUGUAAUGAUAAAUCAAUAACAAUAAAUGUGUUGUUUGUUCUUUUUGCCCA